AAAAAAUUAAUCAAAGAACAAUAUAAACAUGUUGAAAUCUACAAAAUUAACAACAAUAUUAACGAUUGUGUUCCUAAUCUUAAUAAAAAAUGUUGCACAAAUUGGCAGUUAUGCGGCCACUAGCAAUUUGGCAACAUUUGAAGAUAAUAUUGAAAACAACAACAUUAACAACAACAACAAUAACGAUGAAACGCAUCGUUUAACAAAGCGCAUGGACUUGGAAUCAUGUUUAGGCCAAUUUGAUGUUCAUAAAAACACCAUCAUACGUACGGGUGAAUCACAAGCAAUUGGCGGCAAAUAUCUACAGGGCAUAGAGCUGGAGACUAUGGAGGAAUGUCAACGUUUGUGCUGUGAAACCGAUUCGUGCGAUGUUUAUAUAUUUGAGAGUAAAAAAGAUGGUUACUGUUAUCUAUUCGAAUGUGGCACGCCGGAAAAUUUCCACUGUAAAUUCACUCGUCACGCCAAUUACACAAGUGCCGUCCUAACACCUGUUCUACGGCCAGCAAGUGAAGUCACUACUGCACAUCCACCACCAGCCGCUCAUUCGGCGCACGGUAUCACCUCGAAUAUAUCGCAGCAAGAAUGGGAGUUGUCUAACUUAAAAGUGAAGCCGGAAAUAAAGGAAAAAACAAUUGAUAUGAAUCUGAGCGGGGGUGGUAUAAUGCACAGUCUAAGUAGCAACAAUAAAAAGUCAUUGAUGGGUAUGGAAGGCAGUGUAACGCAAAAAGUUAAUACUUCUGUCCACUGCGGUCGUUUUCAAUUUGCUUGUCAUUCCGGCGAGUGUAUUGCCGUCUACAAUGCCUGCGACGGUAUACCUCAGUGUGAGGAUGGCAGCGAUGAGGGUCCCGAAUGUUCGGGAGCCAAUAGCAAUUUGAAUACAAAUACAAAAUCUUCACCUGAUGCUUUAGCUACAAAUAAAAUUGUGGCAACUCCAUCUAUGUCUCAGUACCCAACUUCGCUGGCUCAACAGACGCCCCAGCAACAAUUGCAAAGUAUGCAACAACAACAUUCUCAAAGCCCAGCCAUAAUACCUUCUGUGGGUUUGGUAAACAAUCGUGAAGAUCCAAAUGUCUGGGAAUCUCGUAAAAUCGUUUCGGGUACUCCAACACAAGUAGCUGGCAACGAAAUUCAUGGUAACCCAGAAUCUUCAAAUCUUAAUCAGUUGACGGCACAACAACAACUGCAACAACAGCAGCAGCAACAACAACAAGGCGAUAGUUUUACUUCAUAUGUCAACAAUCGUGGACAAAACAAUGCGGUUUAUGGUGUUGGUUCCUCCUCCUCCACAUUGGAACAAAGUGGCCUGUAUAUGCCACAUGUGGUCCCAGAUGUAAACAAUAACGUUUAUGCGGGACAACAACAACAGCAUAUUUUAUUACCACCCCCUCCUCCACCACCACCAGCACCCUUAAAUUCCAAUUGGCAGCAACAGGCAAUUUUGAAUCAGCAGAAGCUACAGCAACAACAACAACUUGCAGCGCAAUCAGUGCCAUCACAACAACAUCCACAUCAACCACUGCCUGAAGUAUCUUCUUCUUUUGCGGGACAAAGUGAAGCCAUUCAACAGCAGCAGCCAUCCCAAUUGACAAAUACUGUGGUUCAGCAGCAACAACAACCUGCCCAAAAUUUGGUGCCUUCUUUAACACAACAACAACCGCCAGCAUUGAAAACAGUUUCGGCUAAUGGAGCAGCAGCUGGCGAACAAAAAUUGGAAGAUUCCGAUGAGUAUGAAGAUUCGGAGGAAAAAUCAACGGAGCCACCCAAAAAGCACAAGCACAAAAAAACCAAAUCCAAGUCCAAAGAUUCCAAAAAAACCAAAGACGACCUUGACGAUAAGAAAUCCCACUCGAACUCUCUCAAAAACAUAAAAUCAGCCAUCUCCCCAGUACACGAACAAUACGAAAUAAUCCAUCAGAAUAUGGCUCUCGAAUUUCGUGAUCAUGACGGACAAUCUGAGAGACCGGGUGGUGCUGUCUUAUCUCUUACCUUGGGACUUUUAAUAACAGCCGCUUUGGCCAUUUUAAUUGGUUGCCGCAUGAGAACCGUUGGUAGGCGGGCUCGACGUAUGGGCGGCAAAACGCCAUAUUCACACGAAGCCGAUUUUCUCGUGAAUGGCAUGUAUUUGUAAAACAAAUUCAAUAAACAGUUUCUUUUUUAUAUUGGCUUCAAUUAAACAUAAAAAAAAUAAAAAUAAAAUUAAUUUAAAAAUAAUAUAUUAAUAAUGUAAUAUGUAACAAACAAAAAGAAAUCCGAAAACUUGUAUUCUAAACUAAUUUUAAUAACUGAAAAGUAUGUUUUUUUGAUGUUCUUUUCUUCAAUGAAUCAAUAAUAAUUAUUAAAAACCCAAACCCCUAACAAAUAAAUAAAGAAAAAUCUUUGAAAGAGGUUUAAUGUCCCUUAAAAAUUUCAAAUUAACACUUAGAAUUUUCUAGUCGUGACGAUAAUUUUACUGUGUAAUCACUAACUAGUCAAUAAUUUUAAGUAUAUUUUUUGUAAAUUUAAAUGAGAAUAAAUUAUUUAAAUACAUAUAUGUAUGUAUAUUUAAAGAUUUGUGUUAAAAACAAA